AUCAGGCGGGGAGGCGGUGAUGUCACCUGCGGGCUGGUAAGGCGAGGGCAGCUCCGGGGGCAGCGGCGGCAGCGGCGGAGACUCCGGCACUGGAUGCGGCUGCAGCUGCGGGGGAAGCCGGCCGUCGGGUCCGCGGGCUCCUCCUCGGGCGGGCAGGCAGGCAGGCAGGCAAGCAGCCGCCGCGGUGGUGGUGGGGGGCGCCUCCAGGAUGCGCGCGGCUUGCAGAAUUUAGCAUCCAGAAAGGAAAACCUUAAGGGUUUCAGCCAUGGCCCCAAGGAAAAGGAGCGGGCGAGGGAUUUCGUUCAUCUUCUGUUGCUUCCGAAGUAAUGAGCACCCGGAGAUCACGUAUCGGUUGCGGAAUGACAGCAGCUUUGCCCUACAAACCAUGGAGCCGUCUCUGCCGAUGCCACUGGUGGAAGAGUUGGAUGUUAUGUUCAGUGAACUUGUGGAUGAGCUGGACCUUACAGAUAAACACAGGGAAGCCAUGUUUGCCCUUCCAGCAGAAAAGAAAUGGCAGAUCUACUGCAGUAAGAAAAAGGACCAAGAAGAAAACAAGGGAGCUACAAGCUGGCCGGAGUUCUACAUUGAUCAGCUUAAUUCCAUGGCUGCUAGAAAAUCAUUGAUUGCCUUGGAAAAAGAAGAUGAAGAAGACAGGAACAAAACCAUUGAGAGUCUGAAGACGGCACUGCGGACAAAACCUAUGAGGUUUGUAACCAGAUUCAUUGACCUCGAUGGCUUGACGUGUAUUUUGAACUUCUUGAAGAGCAUGGACUAUGAGACUUCGGAGUCUCGAAUACAUACCUCUCUCAUCGGAUGCAUCAAAGCACUGAUGAACAACUCUCUAGGGAGAGCUCACGUCCUGGCCCACUCGGAGAGCAUCAACGUCAUCGCUCAGAGUCUGAGCACAGAAAACAUUAAGACGAAAGUGGCGGUGCUGGAAAUCAUGGGAGCGGUAUGCCUGGUUCCCGGGGGUCACAAAAAGGUGCUGGAGGCCAUGGUGCAUUACCAAAAAUAUGCCAGCGAAAGGACUCGCUUUCAGACAUUGAUCAAUGACCUGGACAGAAGUACAGGGCGAUACCGGGAUGAAGUGAGCCUCAAGACAGCCAUUAUGUCCUUUAUCAAUGCAGUGCUAAGCCAAGGGGCUGGAGUGGAGAGUCUGGACUUCAGACUCCAUCUUAGAUAUGAAUUCCUCAUGCUUGGCAUCCAGCCAGUAAUUGACAAAUUGAGAGAGCAUGAGAACUCCACAUUAGAUAGGCAUUUAGACUUUUUUGAAAUGCUCCGAAAUGAAGAUGAAUUGGAGUUUGCCAAAAGGUUUGAGCUGGUCCAUAUAGACACAAAAAGUGCAACUCAGAUGUUCGAGCUCACGAGAAAAAGACUGACUCAUUCGGAAGCAUACCCGCACUUUAUGUCUAUCCUUCACCACUGUCUCCAGAUGCCUUAUAAGAGGAACGGCAACACCGUCCAGUAUUGGUUGCUUCUGGACCGUAUUAUACAACAGAUAGUUAUUCAGAAUGACAAAGGGCAGGACCCGGAUUCAACACCUUUGGAGAACUUUAAUAUUAAAAAUGUUGUCCGAAUGUUGGUUAAUGAAAAUGAAGUGAAACAAUGGAAAGAGCAAGCAGAAAAAAUGAGAAAAGAACAUCAUGAGCUCCAACAGAAGUUGGAGAAGAAGGAGCGAGAGUGUGAGGCAAAGACCCAGGAGAAAGAGGAUAUGAUGCAAACCUUGAACAAGAUGAAGGAGAAACUAGAGAAAGAGCUGAUGGAAAACAAGCAAGUCAAGCAACACGUGGUGGACCUCACAGCGCAGAUUCAUGAACUUAGCAGGAGAGCCAUAUGUGCUCCAGUCCCCGGUGGCCCCCCUCUACCACCUGGGGCUCCUGGGGGCCCCUUAUCAUCCACCUCGCUAGGAUCUCUUCUCCCAGUUCCUCCACCACCGCCACCUCCUGGUGGAAUCCUACCACCACCACCGCCUCCACCUCCACCACCUCCUGGUGGUCCACCUCCACCACCGGGGCCCCCUCCACUUGGAGGCUUAACCCCAGCACCAGGAGCACCCCUGGGAUCGGCGCUCAAAAAGAAGAACAUUCCACAGCCGACAAACGCUCUGAAGUCCUUCAACUGGUCCAAGCUCCCUGAGAAUAAGCUGGAAGGCACCGUGUGGACUAGCAUUGAUGAUGCCAAAGUGUUUAAAGUGCUAGAUCUUGAAGACCUGGAACGAACGUUCUCUGCUUAUCAAAGGCAGCAGGACUUCUUUGUGAACAAUAGCUCCAGACAGAAGGAAGACUCCCUCGAUGACACGCUGAGUGCCCGGCAUAAAGUCAAGGAGCUUUCAGUAAUAGAUGGUCGGAGAGCUCAAAACUGCAAUAUCCUUCUGUCAAGGUUGAAAUUAUCGAACGAUGAAAUUAAACGUGCAAUUUUAACGAUGGAUGAACAAGAGGACCUGCCGAAAGAUAUGCUUGAGCAACUUUUAAAAUUUGUCCCUGAGAAAGCUGACAUCGACCUUCUGGAGGAGCACAAGCACGAGCUGGAUCGGAUGGCCAAGGCCGACAGGUUCCUCUUCGAAAUGAGCAGGAUAAACCAUUACCAGCAAAGGCUGCAGUCUUUGUAUUUUAAGAAGAAGUUUGCAGAGAGGGUUGCUGAAGUUAAACCCAAAGUAGAAGCAAUCCGCAUGGCAUCGACGGAAGUGUUCCAGAGUAAAAGCCUGAAACAGCUGCUGGAGGUGGUUUUGGCUUUUGGCAACUACAUGAAUAAGGGCCAGAGGGGAAAUGCCUAUGGGUUUAAAAUUUCUAGCCUGAACAAGAUUGCAGACACCAAAUCCAGCAUUGACAAGAACAUUACCUUGUUGCACUAUCUCAUCACCAUCGUAGAAAAGAAAUAUCCCAAAGUUCUAAACCUGCAUGAAGAGCUGAAAGAUGUCCCUGAAGCUGCCAAAGUAAACAUGACGGAGCUGGAAAAGGAAAUUGGCACCUUGAGGAGUGGGCUGAAGGCUGUGGAAAUGGAGCUGGAAUACCAGAAAUCUCAGCCUGCCCAUCCGGGAGACAAGUUUGUGUCUGUUGUCAGCCAGUUCAUCACCUUGGCCAGCUUCAGUUUCUCAGAUGUUGAAGAUCUUUUAGCAGAAGCCAAAGAACUGUUCACCAAGGCAGUGAAGCAUUUUGGAGAAGAACCCGGAAAGACUCAGCCGGAUGAGUUCUUCGGGAUCUUUGACCAGUUCCUUCAGGCAGUGAAUGAAGCCAAGCAGGAGAACGAAAACAUAAGGAAGAGGAAGGAGGAGGAAGAGCGGCGGGCACGCAUGGAAGCACAGCUCAAAGAGCAGCGUGAGAGGGAGCGCAAGGCCAGAAAGGCGAAAGAAAAUAGCGAGGAAGGUGGAGAAUUCGAUGAUCUCGUCUCGGCUUUACGAUCCGGUGAAGUGUUCGACAAAGACCUCUCAAAACUGAAGCGCAACCGCAAACGCAUCACGAACCAGCUGGCAGAUGGCAGUCGCGAAAGGCCAGUCACGAAACUCAACUUCUGAACCCCGUCCCGCCAUUUAAAAAAAAAAAACAUGUUAGAAAGAGAGAAAAAAAAUCACCAGUAACCUUCUGGAAAAGCCUGGGCUUUUUGUUUAACAGUGGCACUCUCCCUUUCAUUUUGUACGUGUGUGUGUGCAAGUACUUGCUGUAUAUACAGAUUGGGUUGUACGGAUGGGAGAUCAGAAGUGUGUAUAUGCAGCUCUGUUUGUCUGUCUCUGAGUCUGCACAGACAUUCCUGCUUGAAUGGGUGUUCCCUAUUUCUAUCAGUAACAGUGGCUUUCAAAAAGAAAAAAAAGUAGCUUUUCCGCAGUCAAAGCACAAAUGUUGGAGAGAGAGAGAAAAAGCAGUAAAAGAAAGAAAGAAAGAAAAAACCCUUCUCAGUGGAAAUGAGCUGGACCAUGCUAGUUACCUAUGCUCAUUGUGGGGUCCUUUACUUUUUUAUUUUAAAUAGAGCUGGAAAAAUGGAGUGGAAGGGAAGAGAGAAGAAAGGGGCCAAUGGGCUGUGUCACACCAGAGCGGUUUGAUUCAGAUGGAUCAGCCUCGGCCCCUGUUUCACCUUUGGGACUGUGGAUGGUGGAAAGUCCGUUAGAAAAAUGUGCUUGUCGAAUUUGAACUGCAUUGCUGGGGAAAGUCCAAAUGUUUGCAUUUUAUUUUAAUUUUCUUGGUUCGUGUUCUUACUGAAAACUUGAACAUCCCUUGUGAGUACUAUGUUGGUUCUGUUGUGUUCUAUAACUUCCAAUUUUGGUGAUUUCUCCUCUGUUUCAAAAUGAGAUGGGUCUUCUCUCCCCCCCAGUUGGGCACCUGGAGAAACAUCUCAUUGCUGUAAUCAUGUGUAUGUCAAAUUCAUUCAUUUUCUUAGCCGAGGCCGAUGGAGAAUUAAUUGGAGUGGGGAGCAUCCGUUUCUUUCUUUCCUUCUAGAAAAGGAGGUGUUCUGUUUGUUCUGUUUUGUUUUCCCAUUCCUUAUUCUACGGGACAAACUGUAUUCUCUGUAAAUAUAGGUCAGAACUGACCCUCCUUGGGCCUCUCUUCCAUAUCGCAGCCCUUGUCGGAUGAAAAGGAUCAGAGCUUUUCCAACACGCAAUAGAAAUUGGCACAUGUGCUUCCAGAUAUUAGCUGAGUUUCCAGUGCAGUGGUUCCCCAUUUUCCCCCACUUUAUCCCCAUCAGACCAGCUGUCCCUUCCUCCGUUUAUGGUUCAGAGGGAGGGGCCCUAUCCUGAGAAGGAUACACAUUGUGAACAUGUCCAUGUCCGCCAGGAUAACGUGCACCCCAAAAGCUGCAGUUGAUAGCACACCCAGUCAAUCGCGUUUGAACGUGUUCACUUUUUGUACAACACGCUGUUCUGGAACUCAUCGCUGGGGCUCAAAAAACAUUUGUCUCCAAAGACAUUAAUAGGGAGUGGUUUCUGUAAAAGGCUUUACAAGAGGCUUAGUGGUCCGGGAGAUGGAUUUAUUAGGGUUGUAAUUUAUAAAUAUAAAGUAGCAAGAAAAGACCAAGAAAAAUUAUUUCUUGAAAGUGUUGCUGUUCCUGUUGUUCUUGCCAAUUUUUUUUAAGCAGAACUACCUGUCAAGAUGUCAAUCCAAAAUCGACUCAACCCAGAUUGCUCAGGGAGUAAUUAAUAAUUUAAAAAAUAAUAAUGAUGCAGAAAAAAAUUGGAAAAAAAAUUUUAAAUGCCAAUUUUAUAGCAUGGCUUAAUAUUCUUAAAUUAUAGAGAAUAUAGAGGACUGUUACUUUUUUGUUUUGCUUUUAUUUAUUUGUGGGUUUUCUCUUAAGUGACUUUUAAUACCAUCAUCACUGUAUUGUAAACUGAGAUUUGGGGAGGGGGGUGGGGAGUUUGUUUUUCUUUCCUGUUAAGGUUUUGCAUUUUGUCCCUCUUGCACUAGAUAGUUGAUGCUAUUUGAAACAUGUAUUGUCAUGUGUUACAUUGUCUUGUAAAGGAUGUUAAUGGGGUGGAGAACGAGAAUCGCAUUUUUUUUCUCCACGUGUACUGUAUAGCGAGUGUGCGGUUUUAUAUAAAACCAGUUUGUACAAAAUACAGUUCUUGUUGGCAGGGGUUUCCCCCGUCCUGCUGCAAUGUGAAAGCUGUGACGCUCUCACAUUAGAGAGCUGUGAGUGUGUGUGUGUGUGUUUGUGUGUGUGUGUGUGCAAUGUUUUUCUUUCCAUGGUCUUUUCUUCACUGCAGGUUUUCUGACACACCAAAAACAUGCAGAUGUCUCUCCUAGCAGCUAGCUCCUCAAGCAGUAAGAAUGCAAAGCCUCUGCGGAAUGCAGAUGCGGAAAUAUAGCACUUCGCCUCAAAGCAUCGAAGUUGAUCCUAACGGUUACUUAAACUAAAGUGCCUCUAUUUUAUAUAUAUAUUUUUAUUUGUAGCUGGAAGUAAUUUGGUCAGAAACAGUUUUAGAGCAAUGAUGGGGUGUUUUUUGGGGGGGGGAAGAGUUCAGGCUGAUCAAAAAGGUUGCAUUUUAAAUGACUUGAGAUUAAAAACAAAAGUAAACAAGGAAAACCAGCAUGUUUUGGAGUUGCAAAAAAAGAAAAAGCAGAAAAAGCUGCUGUCCUGUAAAAUAUUCAGUCUCUUCAAGGGACCAGCACUGCUGUUCAACAAGUUUGGGGUGGCAUCUAAAAAUAUGGACGGUUUUCUAUUGCCGUUUUAGAGCCACUGGAUAAAGUCUUGCUUUUGUGGAGAAUAAAAAGGCGUCUACAUUGCGCCGUUUAUAGCAGGUUGGUGGCACACAGAAUUCUCUGCUGUAGUUCAGGGAACUACACUAGAGCCUUCUAGCAAAGAUUUCUAAGUCCCUUACCAAACUACAGGAUUUCAGAGGACGGACCCAUGGCAGGUAUGGGCAACGUUCCCUCUAAGCUGCACGCCUGCACUGCAUUGUUCUCGCACGGCUGAGCCAGCGCUGCCCCUAAUUUGCUUCCAGUCACGGGCGGGGCGGGACCCCCGCCCAGCGCUAGCAGAAAUCAGGGGGAAUGUUGUAUGGCCCUAUCAAACUUCUAUAACUGUAGUGAAGAUACAUCCUUAAGAGGGCAGAUCUAGUGUUUUUGAUCCUCCUGUGGAGAGGCCAUCUAGAACUGCAUUAAAUACUAGGAAACCAUUCACACAACUCUUCAUUCACCCUCACCAGCAAGGAGGGAUGUUUCUCACAAGUGUUUAGACCCUGCAUAAACUUCAUGUGGCCCCAAGAGCCCAACCAUGUAUUUUAGUUUGUUUUUAUUGGUUUUUUUUAAAAGUAGAAUUGUAUCUCCAGGAGCCUCCGGUGGCUUCUUGGAUAAAAUAAGAAAGGACUUCCGUCUAAAAUAAUGCAUGGGCCCACACACCUUCUUUUAGCUAAAAAAAA